AUGAGAGGGAUCCUGCAGUGCAUCAUGCGGCAGAUGGACAAAGUGGAGAAGUUCAAGUACAGCCGCAGCACUUCGGACUCGCUUCACGCCAAGUACAACACCCAGACCUGUGCUCCGGUGGUGGCGGACGACGAGUGGGGCCAUCUGCAGGUGGACGCCACGUCGCUGUUCCUGCUCUUCCUCGCUCAGAUGACGGCCUCAGGUCUGCACAUCGUCUUCACUCAGGACGAAGUGGACGUGGUGCAGAAUCUCAUGUUCUACAUCGAGGCGGCGUACAAAGUGGCGGAUUAUGGGAUGUGGGAGCGCGGAGACAAGACGAACCAGGGCAUCACAGAGAUCAACGCCAGCUCUAUCGGGAUGGCCAAGGCUGCUCUGGAGGCCCUGGAUGACUUGAACUUGUUCGGAGCCAAAGGAGGUCCAGGGUCUGUGGUCCACGCUCUGGCUGACGACAUUCAACACUGUCAGUCCAUCCUGACGUCGCUUUUACCGCGGGCGUCCAUCUCUAAAGAAGUGGACGCUGGAGUUCUGGCCAUAAUCUCGUAUCCAGCGUUCGCCGUGGAGGAUAUGAACAUCGUCAACUUGACCAAGGAGGAAAUCAUCUCCAAACUGCAGGGACGUUAUGGCUGCUGCCGCUUUCUCCGAGACGGACACAAAACUCCAAAAGAGGACCCGACUCGUCUGUAUUAUGAAUCUGCUGAACUGAAGUUAUUUGAAAACAUUGAGUGCGAGUGGCCGCUGUUUUGGACCUACCUCAUUUUGGACGGAAUCUUCAUCAAGAGCCCAGAGCAGGUGCAGGAGUACCAGGAGGCCCUGGAGGGAAUCCUGAUCAAACAGAAGGACGGGAUCAGACUGGUGCCAGAGCUGUACAGCGUUCCAGCAGACAAGGUGGAGGAGGAGUACGAGAACCCUCACUCUGUCCAGAGGGCGUCUGUGGGAAAGUGUCCUCUGAAGUGGGGCCAGUCUCUCUACAUCCUGGGGAAUCUGCUGUCCGAGGGUUUUCUGGCUCCAGGGGAAAUCGACCCGUUAAACCGACGCUUCUCCACAGUUCCCAAACCGGACGUGGUCGUGCAAGUGUCCAUUCUGGCGGAGACGGAGGAGAUCAAGGAGCUGCUGCUGAAACACGGUCUGGAUGUGGAGACUGUGGCCGACAUUCACCCAAUCCACGUGCAGCCUUCCCGCGUCCUGUCCCACAUCUACGCCCGCCUGGGUCGAAACCCGCGCCUGGGUCUGACCGGACGGCCCUACAGGAGGAUCGGGGUCCUGGGAACGUCCAAGUUUUACAUAAUCAGAAACACCAUGUUCUCCUUCACGCCUCAAUUCAUAGACCAUCAGCAGUUCUACAUCGCGCUGGAUAACCAGAUGAUCGUGGAAAUGCUCCGGACUGAGAUCGCAUACUUGGCCUCGCGCUGGAGGAUGACUGGGCGUCCCACCGUCACCUUCCCCAUCUCCCAGACCAUGCUGACGGAGGACCACGCCGAUUUGGACCCUGCAGUUUUGGCCACGCUGAAGAAGCUGCAGGACGGAUACUAUGGAGGAGCCAGGAUCCAGACUGGCCGGUUGUCCGAGCUCAUGACCACCUCGUGUUUCGCUCACCUGAGUUUCCUGGACGGUAAGGCUCCCAGCAGCAUGACCCGUCCCGACGACCAGGACGGGGAGGAGGAGGGCUACGUGCAUGAGUUACACUGUGAUGAUGAGGCAGAUGACUUGGCCCAGUACCUGGACCACCUGUUGGCCCACUCCUCUCCUGAGGCAGCCCAGUCCCGGGGCCCCGCGGCUGGAGGCCUGAGCCGCUUCAAGGCUGCAGCCGCCAAAACCAAACAGAUGGUGGCGCUCAAGAACAAAGCACAAGGCCUGGACGUGCACAACGUGAACAUGUACCUUUCAAACAAACUGUUCCGAACGCGGCAUCUGUCCCUCAACCUCGACAUACCAGAAUCCUCUGCUGCUGACGCUCAGGUGCCCACUGUGGUGGUCUCUGCCGACAGUGGGAUUCCCAGAGACUCGUCCGGUGCCAUCGAUUACAGAGCUCUGGUGUCUCUGCUCAAAGACACCCCCAGUCUGCAGGACCAGGCCGACAUCCUCUACAUCCUCUUCAAAGACAAGGGGAUGGAGUGGGACACUGGGCUUCAUGGUAAAGGCUCCACGGUGCGCUCUCUGCUCUCGGACUUGUACGAGCGCGUGGGCGAGCUCAAACUCUGGGGUCUCAUCCGGAUGAUCUCAGGGAUGCUCAAGAAGAAGGUGGAGGAGCUGGACUCGGCGUGCUCAGAUCUGCUGGCUCACCAAAAGCACCUCACUGUGGGGUUACCUCCGGAGCCCCGAGAGAAGACCAUCACCGCACCCAUCCCUCCCGACCAGCUGGCGGCGCUCAUCGACGAGGCCAGCGACGGCAACAUCAGCGUGGCCAUCCUCACCCAGGAGAUCAUGGUGUACCUGGCCAUGAGCAUCCGCACGCAGCCCGCUCUGUUCAGUGAGAUGUUCAGGCUCAGGAUUGGCCUCAUCAUCCAAGUCAUGGCCACAGAGCUGGCACAGUCCCUCAGCUGCUCCGGAGACGAAGCGACCGACAGCCUGAUGAACAUGAGUCCGUCUGAAGUGAAGAACCUGCUGCACCACAUCCUGAGCGGGAAGGAGUUUGGAGUGCAGCGCAGCAUGCGCGAGCUGGAGGCCGGAGUCAGUCCUGCCAUCUCCAUCCAUCAGCUCGGAAACACGGGCGCCACGAAGAGCGAGCGGGCGGGAAUCAGCAAACUGAAGAGCGACAUGAAGAUGGUGAGAGCACAGGGAGUCUGUGGGUGUCUGUGGGUGUCUGUGUGUGUCUGUGUGUGUCUGUGGGUGUCUGUGGGUGUCUGUGGGUGUCUGUGGGUGUCUGUGGGUGUCUGUGGGUGUCUGUGUGGGUCUGUGGGUGUCUGUGGGUGUCUGUGUGGGUCUGUGGGUGUCUGUGUGGGUCUGUGGGUGUCUGUGUGGGUCUGUGGGUGUCUGUGUGGGUCUGUGGGUGUCUGUGUGGGUCUGUGGGUGUCUGUGUGGGUCUGUGGGUGUCUGUGUGGGUCUGUGGGUGUCUGUGGGUGUCUGUGUGGGUCUGUGGGUGUCUGUGUGGGUCUGUGGGUGUCUGUGUGGGUCUGUGGGUGUCUGUGUGGGUCUGUGGGUGUCUGUGGGUGUCUGUGUGGGUCUGUGGGUGUCUGUGUGGGUCUGUGUGGGUCUGUGGGUGUCUGUGUAGGUCUGUGGGUGUCUGUGGGUGUCUGUGUGGGUCUGUGGGUGUCUGUGGGUAGUUUGAUUUCGCAGUCGCUGGAUUUGGACAACAUCGAAUCCGGGAGAUACCGCCUGCCUUCCAUCGAGUCCCUGGACAUCCCAGAAUCCUUUCCCCCAGUGAAGGACACUCGACACGGGCAGUGGCUGCGGAGGAGGCGCCUGGAUGGGGCUCUCAACAGGGUCCCAGUCGGCUUCUAUCAGAAAGUCUGGAAGAUUCUACAGAAGUGCCACGGCUUGUCCAUCGAGGGUUUCGUCCUGCCGUCCUCCACCACCAGAGAGAUGACUCCUGGAGAGAUUAAGUUCUCGGUCCAUGUAGAGACGGUCCUGAACCGGGUCCCUCAGCCGGAGUACAGGCAGCUGCUGGUGGAGGCCAUCCUGGUGCUGACCAUGUUGGCAGACGUGGACAUCAGCUCCAUCGGCUCCAUCAUCCACGUGGAGAAGAUCGUCCACGCGGCCAACGACAUGUUCUACAAAGACCAGAAGGACCUCGGUGCAGAGGAGGCCGUGCUGGACAGAGACCCGUCCACAGGAGUCUGCAGACUGCUGUACGACAGCGCCCCCAGUGGACGUUUCGGGAGCAUGACGUAUCUGACCAAAGCUGUGGCCAACUACGUGCAGGACUUCCUCCCGGGGGGGUCCUGCGCCGUCCAAUGA